AUGACGAAAACGAAACUGAACAUAAUCGAUCCGCACAGUAAAGGGGGUAAGUUGAAAAUAAAAUUCAAAGAUGUGGCUGGUCUUCAUGAAGCCAAAUUGGAAGUGAGCGAAUUCGUGGACUACCUCAAAAAUCCAACCAAAUAUACAGUGAGCGUUUGUUUGUAUUGGCCCAUUUUGAAUAGCUUUUUCAGAUUCUUCAUCGCGACUGUUAAGCAUUACCGUGGAGGUUUAUUUAGAAUCUGUAGCAAACGGAGGACAUAA